GGGGGAGAGAGAGAGUAGCAAAGUAGAGAGAGAGAAAGGGGGGAAAUUGGUGACACAGAGAGCAAGAGAGAUCACCCCAAAUCUCCUGGACGACGAUGGCGGCGGAACAUGUAGCAGACCGGCCCCCCUCCUCCGCCAGCAGCAGCACUGCCGAACCCAACAACCACCGUGCGCCUGCCCCCAGCACCCCCCCAUCGCGCUACGAGUCUCAGAAGCGCCGAGACUGGAACACCUUCGGCCAGUACCUCCGUAACCACCGGCCCCCACUUGCCCUUUCUCGCUGCAGUGGGGCUCACGUCCUCGAAUUCCUCCGCUACCUCGACCAAUUCGGCAAAACAAAGGUCCACAGUCAAUCCUGCCCCUUCUUUGGACACCCCCACCCUCCAGCCCCGUGCCCGUGCCCUCUCCGACAGGCUUGGGGCAGCCUUGAUGCCCUAAUCGGGAGACUGAGGGCCGCAUAUGAGGAAAAUGGCGGAAAACCUGAGGCCAACCCCUUCGGAGCUAGAGCUGUGAGGCUCUAUUUGCGCGAGGUUCGCGAGUCGCAGGCGAAAGCUAGGGGCAUCGCAUACGAGAAGAAGAAGAGGAAGAGGCCUCCAAAUAUGUCAAGCACAGUAGCCCCAGCUGAAACAGCUUCAACUUCAGUGGGGGUGGUUGCACCAGGUGAAUUCUCUCUCAGUGAAGCCUCCAGCAAUAGUCAGCAGGAGUUUGUGAAUUAGCUACCUUUCUCUCUCUAUGUCUCUCUAUCUAUCCAUCAAUCUUCUCUCUCUAUAAACAUCUCCAAUCUCUCUAUUUCAAUCUUCUCUCUCUAAAUAUCUAUCUAUGCAUCAAUCUAGAUAGAAAAUUUGAAUUAGGCAAUUAGUUAGAAAUCUUUCUAUUUCAUCACUAUAGAAACCAACUAUGGCUAUGAGGAGUAUGUUGAGUGGUUUGAUGUUUAUCUGAAUUCUCUCUCACUAGAAACUGCCUCAAAUGGUGGUGGAGUUUUUCAGUUAA